AUGUCGAAAAAUAUUCCAAAUCAAGCUGACGUAGUUGAUGCUAAAAUUUCCGAUACUGAUAGACAACAAUAUGAGGAACUUCUUUUGAAAUAUUAUGAAGAAAAUAAUACCAAACCACAUUGGGAAUUUUCUAUUGUCCCUGGGAUUUUCAAACAAUCAUUACCAGAAACUGAUGCUACUAAAUUUGAUACAAUUAAAGAACAUUUUGGGGUAAUUUGCGGUUGGGAUGAAGUCAUUGCCCAAUUGAAUGAAUUGAACAGUCAAGUAGACUCUAAUGAAAUUCAAUAUAAAUUGCUUUUUUUGGCAAGACAUGGUCAAGGAUUCCAUAAUGUUAAACAUAAUGAAAACCCUCAACUUUGGGAUGAUUAUUGGUCUCAUUUAAAUACUGAUGGUAAAAUUGUUUGGGGUCCUGAUCCUGAAUUGACUGAAUUAGGAAUUGAACAAGCUAAAGAUAACAAUAUUGCUUGGACUAAAGAAAUUGAAAAUAAUAUCAAUAAGAAUAAGAAUUUGAUCAUUCCAACAAAAUUCUUCACAUCACCAUUUAGAAGAUCGGUUGAUACUUUGAUUAACACUUGGGAUAAUAUAAUUGAUUUAAAAGAAAUUAAACCUUUAAUUCAAGAAUAUUGGCGUGAAACAAUUGGUGAUCACACUUGUGAUAAACGUUCAACAAGAUCAAUAAUUGCCGAAAAGUAUGAAUCAUUAGGUUUCAUAAUUGAACCUGGUUUUGAAGAAGAAGAUAAUUAUUGGAAACCAGAUUGGCGUGAAUCAGUAGCUGAACAGGCAAUUAGACAAAAUAAAGGAUUACAACAACUUUUCAAUGAAAAUCAUAAGGAUCAAAUUGUUAGUAUUACUAGUCAUAGUGGAUCAAUCCGUACUCAAUUGUUGGUGUUAGGACAUCGUCCAUUUGCUAUUGGAACUGGAGGUAUGAUCCCUGUGUUUGUCAAAGGUGUUAAAGUUGCCCCAAAAUAA